UAGCCCUGUUGGCGUGUCGCUCAGCUUCGGGUCCUAAAGUGCGCACGGCGUAAUUUUGUUCGGAAACACUGUUGAAGGUGUUCCGAGUAUGGUUUAAACAGCUGAUAAACACUAGGCAUAUCUCCUCAUAUGGCCGUGGAUCUACUCCGUAGGCCUAGUACUCAGAUAGAACUUUACACGUCGAGAGGAAAAUGACGGUGGAAACAGGCAGGGAUGGUGAUCCUAAAAGUGAAGAGACUACCUUAGGAUCUUCGCCCUCCAGAAACAAUCCAUCACGCGACAAGGGCAGAAGUAACCCUUGUCUCCGUGGGAUUCUGUUCCUGUACAAUAUCUGUUUUUUGGUACUUGGGUGUGCAGCAAUUGUUUGGGGUGUGUUGUCUCUGGUCACUGAGUCGAAUGCCAUCAACAUCAAGGGGGAAUUUCGACUGUUUUUGGAUGCAAAUGAACUGGAUUAUCAACUUCACCGUGUAUCCAUAUACCUCCUUGUCGUAGUGGGCGUGGUUGUGGUCCCCCUUGCUAUCUUAGGGUUCUACGGUUCGAUACGAGAAAAUAAAUGUGUCUUAGCUUAUUACGGCUCAAUAUUAAUACUAGUAUUAAUAAUACUGUGCGUGAUGGCAGGAUUUUCGUUCUCCUACAAGACUUCUCUUUCAGAUUCUCUUGCCUCACGCAUUAAGAGCGUUAUGCGUGAUUCGUUAUCGGAGCUCUAUGGAAGGGACACACAGACCAUACCGGAGAAUAAGCUCAUCACAGAGGCGUGGGACUCCAUGCAGAGACAGCUGGGCUGCUGUGGCAUUUCUGGCAACGUCUCUUCAGCAGACUCCUGGCCGUACUAUUCCACGAGAACGCUUUGGUACCUGCAACAGUAUGAAGAAGGUAACACGGUGCAGAAGGUUCCCGACAGCUGCUGUCAUGGAGGAGACUUGGCCGUCUGUACCGGACAAACCUACUUCCCCGGGCCACCUAACCAUCUCAAUCCACACACGGAAAGGUUUAAGAAGACCAACCCUUAUUUAUACACCAAUGGCUGUUAUGACAAGCUUGUGUCGCAUACGUUGAAGACGUACAACACCACUAUUGGCAUAGUAUCUGCAAUCAUUCUGCUAUUCUUAGUUUUUGGCAUCAUAACAGCCUUCUGUCUCCGUGCAAGGGUUGGUGGUACGUCAUCACCAGGUGUUGUGAUGUGUACAGACGUUUCUGGAUAAGAGUGAGUUAAAACCACUGGACCCAUGAAGAUGAAACAUCAAAUUCCUGUUUCAGCUAAUAACGACAACGGAACAGAUAUUUCUGCCCAUUCCUCCGUCAUGUUUGUUCCAAAUGUCAUGUUAAUUGGUAUUCAAUACAAGUGAAUUUUUCAAAAUGACUCUCAUUAUGCGUUUUUCUCCUGAACAAUUGGCAGAUUGAGACAGCUGAACUUUGCCAUGGAUGUUUUUCCUCUGAAGACAUCUUAAAAGUAUUUAAUUCACAUCAUAAUGGUUCAAUACUUAUUCAGAAAAUAUUUCAACGCGGACAGCUUUUGUUACAUGGAUGUCUAUGUUGACAUUUUUGUGUGUGUUUUCAUGGCAAUGUGUUAAAGCACGUUUCUAUGAGGUUAGGGUUUGUUUCCAAUGAUGUAUUUCUUUGGGACAAUUUGACCAUGUUACAUUGUGUAUCAUAUGGACAUUUUUAACAUAGAUGUUAAACUUUUUGUCAAAGGUAAUGUCUCAUUAGCUCAGGUUGCAUUGAAGUAAAAUUGGCAAGGGUGGUCGUGCUCUGUUCACCGUUUUAUUGCGCCCCUCUCACCCUUUCUUCAUCACAUUGUAUUUCAAUCACUGGAUUGUCUGAUUCAGAUUUGAUUACAUGCGACCAUGAUAUAGCAGGAAAUGCGACGUUUAACAAUAACACACAAUACGUCCCUUUAUACGGGGCUUGUAUUAUAUUGUAAAAUACUGUUAAUCAUUUUCCCUAUUUGAAAUUUGUAUUUGUGUGAUUAUCUAACAAGAAGGUGAGAUGGCUCAGUUUACUGGAAGACUCUACACAGAUUCUUUACACAUGCAGAUGUUUGUUUAGAUUUGACUUGGAGUGAGAAAUGGGCUUCACACAUUGUACCCAUGUCGGGAAUCGAACCCGGGUCUUUGGCGUGACGAGCGAACGGUUUAACCACUAGGCUACCCGACCGCCCUGAGAUUUGACCUAAGCGAUACUUUGUGUAAUGUGUGAUAAUACAAAGACUUGCUGCUGCUGUAGAGCUGGUUGCUUACAUGUUUACAGAGAUCCGGGGUAGAACAGGUCUUCAGAACAACCAAAGCUUGCCGUAAAAAGGCGACUAUGCUUACCGUAAGAGGCUCAUGAAAUCAAUCACUGGAUUGUGUUGCUCCAGACUCGAUUAUUUACAGACCGCCGUCAUAUAGCUGGAAUAUUGCUGAGUGCAGCGUAAAACAUCAGACCAAACAAACAUGUUUACAGUUAACUUAUUAGUAUUUUCUUCGUUUCGUCAUUGCAAGAAUAAAGGAAGACGCGUGUUGAUGAUACCAUAUAAAUGUAAAUCUCUUAACCUUUCUAGAGGCUGGGGUGUAGCCUAGUCGUUAAUGAGUUCGCUGGUCAACCUGUAGGCACGAGUUCGAUUCCACAUGUGGCUAUGCUGUACAAUGUUUUGAGGCCAACUUCUGGUCUCCCCAGUCGUGAUGUUUGCUGGAAUAUUGCCAGAAUCUGGUAAAACUAAAUUCAUUCCAUCACUCUAAACUGUUUGAUAUUAUUUUUUAUCUUAUAUGUAGUAUCAACAGUAUACAACAGCAGCUCUAGCUACUUAUCAAACCACGAGCAGUUAGAUUUCAUAGUCUGAGUUAAGUGUUACAUACAUCAUAUCGGUACCAGCCUUUCUUGUCCCAUAAUUCCAUCAUCAGCACUUAUAAAUGUUUUCUAUUAGUCGGUGCGUGUCUGACUGCUCGUUCAGCAGUAAUUAAAUUAACUUUGACCAGGAAAUACGUCCUGACCUCCCACUUUGUAAAGUCACCAUUAAAAGCAUGAGGCAGAUAUUUUCAUCAGAGCCAGUUGUUAAUGAUACAAAAGCGCGGUUUACGGCGAUUAAUCAGAUGCUCCAUCGGUCAGACAAUGGAACAGGAAUUGAUGUCAAUACCCUUACCUAAAUGGGACUAUCACAAAUUGCACUUAUUGGAUAUUUUAGAAAGCUUGUGAAUUGUCUAUUUGUCUAUUGUAGAUCUGCUAAGGUCAACAGAUGCAAUAUCGAAGGCAAAACUACCCCUAUUUCAGAAGGAUGGUCAGCUUCUCAAACGUAUAUACACAGAACAGCCAAAGAGAUUUUAUCAAUUUAAAACAAUCAAGCAUACCAAUAUAAAAAUAGAAUGUUAUCAAUGUAAAAAAGAAAAUAAUAUUAUUAAAAUUAAAAAUCACAUUAGAUAUGUGUACCUUACGCGCUCACAUGAGCCCCGAAGAGGCCGACAUUUCUAAGGCAGAAGGCGAUGUCUUGACCACAACAGUGGUCAUCAGCAUACCUGGAAUAAGUAGAGUCGAGUGUAUGAUUCCCUCCCAUUCUGUACCUUUUAUGAUCGAUUUUAGCAUGUAAGAUUUAUGCAUAGUCUAGGUCUUCGUCCAGUUGUACAAGGUGAUCGUCGAACCAUAACAAGUACUAUUACUAGCUCGUGCAUUUAUACUCAUAGUUAGAAAAGGUUAUGCAUUAGUAUUUUACAGUUUACAAAUGCAUGUGCUUUUAUGUAAUAUUUAUCUCAUGUGACUGAGUGCAUUUGUACCAUCAUAUGACUCAAUAUUGUUAUCUUUAUUCAUAUAUGUUAUAGUUAUAAUCUAUACCAAACCUGUCCAAGUAAGACACUACAUUCCUUGGAGAAUGACCUCUUCUUAUCAUAGAUUGUCUUACGUAAUCUCACCAGAGAGUAAAUCUUUUGUACAUUAUGUUGUUUGUAUUAGAAUAUAACUACCGUUAUGUUUAUGUUCAUGGUUUACAUUCAUUAUUUUUGAUGUAGUGUAAAUUGUUUACGUUUUUAAUGAUUGUUGAUGAUCGAUUGGUGAAUACACUUGCUUGAAUAAACCCAAGAAACCUA